AUGGACCCGAAACCAAUCUGCCAGAUCGUUACGCCUGUUGGCAUGUUAGGCUAUGGCUUUGACGAGAAGCUCAUCCAUCACGAGCUUAGUAUCCUUACUUCUAAUGGCAUACCCACCGCCAUGAUCAUGGACUCUGGAUCUACCGAUAGUGGGCCACAGAAAUUGGCCCUUGGGUCUAUGUCAUGUCCUCGUUCAGCGUAUGCUCAAGAUCUGACUAAGCUACUUCGACUUGCUCAUACCUUUCAUGUGCCGCUGAUUUUUAGCUCUUCUGGUGGUGAUGGAACUGAUGAGCAUGUUCAAAUCAUGCAAGAUAUCAUCAACGAAAUCACAGAGGAAGAGGGAAAUAGUGACUACUCCUUCAACACCAUUUCUUUAUUUGCCAACAUUGACAAGACAAUGGUUCUUGAACGUUUCAAGCAGGGUCGUCUUACAGGAUGUGGACCUUGCGUUCCUCCAUCAGACGCAGCCGAAAUCGAGUCUUCACUCCAUAUAGUUGCUCAAAUAGGCCACGAACCUUUCCUCGACGCCAUGAACGCCAAUCCAGACUUCGACGUCAUUAUCGGUGGCCGAGCCUAUGACCCGUCUCCAUAUGCUGCAUACUGCGUACACCAACUUAUGCGCCAAACAAAUGACUUGAGCAACGAACAACUUCAUUCUAGCUUGGGAGGGUUCCUGCACAUGGGAAAGAUCUUGGAGUGCGGAGGGCAAUGCUCCACGCCAAAGUCUCACGGAGCUGUGGCCACUAUAUACGCAACGGGGCUAUUCGAUGUCAGGCCAACAGCCCCUGAUUCAAAAUGUAACCCUCUUUCCGUUGCGGCUCACACACUCUAUGAGAACACGAGGCCCGAUAUCUUGAAGGGGCCUGGAGGUUCAAUCCAUCUUCAAGAUUCCAAAUAUGAGCAAUUAUCUGAUGGAAGGUCUGUUCGUGUCCGUGGCAGCAGAUAUCGCUCUUCAGAAGAGGACGGGUUGCCUUAUCAAUUCAAACUCGAAGCUGCCCGAAUCGUUGGGUACAGAUCUAUGUUUAUGGGUAGCAUUAGAGACCACAUCCUCAUCCCUCAAAUCGACAAGCUCCUCGCCCGUGUCAAGCUUUAUGUAGCCCAGCAGCACACCGAAUCUACAAGCCAGUGGAAGCUUGACUUUCACGUUUACGGAAAGGGCCAGUUUAGUCCCACGGGAGCUGGACAGCUCUUCAUCGUUGGUGAAGCACUCGCUUCGACUCAAACGUUGGCGAAUAGCAUUGCGUCCAAGGCUAGAGUUGGGAUGAUUCAUGCACCGUACCCUGGACAGAAGGCUACAGCAGGAAACUUCGGGUUUGGACUGGGUGGACUUAUGGAGGUUGAGAUGGGCCCCUGUGCCGAGUUCUCUCUUUAUCACCUGAUGGACUUGGAGCCCGACGAACAACGUCUAUUUCCAGUUGAUAGUGACAAGUCCCAGACGCUUGAAGGGCCAUUGUUACGAGGUACCGUUACCAGGAUCGGCAAGGGAUCUUCGAAACCCAGAAAAAACAACCCACUUGAGAAAACACCCAAUAUCAAUCUGCAUUCGCAGGGUGGUGAACAUAUUGCACCCACUCCGGGCCAACCUUUCCAGAAUCCUGAGACACUAUCAGAUCUUUGUCGUGUUCUCCGCUCCAAGAAUGCCGGCCCAUACGAAAUCACUAUCGAUGCCAUGUUCUCCUCAAAAAUCAACUACGAUACUAUAAAAGCCUCCGGCAUUCUCUUGCCCAGCAAUGUAGCCAAGGCGAUUGGUAUUGCCGAGGACGACAUCGUCUGGAUUGGGUUUUUUGAUCCCGCCAUGUCUUUCAAGGUAACAAUUCCUAGAAUCAGAAUGGGUGUAAAGAAGUCCGCGGGUGGUUUCAUGGAGAAUGAUAUACACGGCUCGCAAGAGCAUAACGGGCUUGCGAAGAUGAAGCUGCCUGAGAACCUCUUCGUUCAGUAG